CGGUAAUGACCAAAAAAAUCACCUUGAUCAGCCCAAGUACUAGUAGAUACUAGAGGUAUUUCUUUAUCUAUAUAUCUACACAAAUGAUUGCAUUCUCUCUAUUCUAUAUUCAGACAGACAAGCAGAAGAAACAGGGUAGUUUUCCUAUAAAUUUUAUUGAUUUGAAUUCUGUUUACCAUAGACUUGCCAGAUGGGCCAGUCAUCUUAGGAAGGGCAGGGCAUUAUACCUAUCAAUCUUCAGAAAUUAAAAAAAAACUGUAUAUCAGUCCGGUACCGUUGUUAACAGCGUAAUAUAAUACAGUCCGAGGCCAUUUGUACAGUUGGGUGGGGCUUCUUUAAUGGGAUCAUGAGUAUGCAAUACAUUCCUAUGACUGCACUGCAUUGGCCAUCUUCGAUCUGCAACACUACUGACCCACAGCAGGGCUGGAGAUCGAUUCUCACCAACCACAAGAAGAAGAAAAAGAAGCAUCUGCUCUUCCAACUGAAAGGAGGAGGACGAGUAAAAGGCCAUGCCCUCAUUCUAUCUGCCACAAAAUCUUCUCUGUUACCUGAAACAGAAGAAGAGAGCGAGAAGACACCUGCCGAUGCCAAUCGCUGCUCCGCACGACUGGUCUCGGGUUCGAGCCGUAUCCUUCAUCAGCCCAAUACGGUGGGGAUUAUCGGGGGCGUUUCCGAUCUAUCUACAGCAGACUUCAUGCGAAAGCUCUUCAAACAGAGCUCUGAAGAGUCGGAAGGAAGCAGCCUGCCUGUGUUGCUGUGCAGUGAUCCUCAGCUGAAACAGGAACUCAGUUUGGGAAUCGAACUGCGGUCUUCUAGGAAGAAAGGGGAUCGUGUUUCUAAUGUUCUCAAGGAGAAAAUUCUGUUUCUUGAGGGCGCCGGGGCGUGUUGUAUUGUUAUGCCUUGCCAUGUUUCACAUGCGUGGUAUGAGGAGCUUUCACAGGUUUGUUCAGUUCCUUUUCUGCAUAUGGGCGACUGUGUGGCGCAGGAGCUCAAGGAAGCGAAUCUCAGGCCCAUCGAGACGGGAAGCAAUGUCAAGAUUGGCCUUCUUGGGACCGAGAACACCAUGACAGCUGGGUUUUAUCAGGACAGGCUUAGUAAACAGGGUUUUGAGGUUGUUGUACCUGAUAAAGCAACCAUGGAGCAUGUAGUGUUGCCAGCCCUUGAGGCAUUACAUAGGAAGGACAUGGAAGGGGCAAGAAUUUUAUUGAGAAUUGCAUUACAGGUUCUUUUGGUGAGAGCUGUAAGUAUGGUGGUUCUGGCAUCUUAUGAUAUGCAUUCCCUUUUAGCUCCAGAUGAUCCACUUCUUAAAAAAUGCAUUGAUCCGAUUGAUACUCUUGCAAGGGCUACUAUAAAUUGGUCACACUCUGCAAGGAACAUUACAUAAAGGUUGUUCAAUUCUAUUCAUGUCCAGGUUUCAUUGGUUUCUUAACGCUAUUAAGUAUUAAGAAUCAUGUUUCGAGGUUGCAUUUCAAGGAAUAACGAAAUAACAGUCAUUGACUAUUAGCAACCCUCUAAAAAUUCCUGUAUACCUACGCGGUGCCUGUGGUACAUAUGCCCACGAUAUAGGUGCCUUCCAUACAUUUUGGGUUCAUGCUCAUUAUGCGAUUUACAUGUUGCCAUACUAUCUGAGAAUUUGUGCUCCUAUGUAUUUCCAGAAAUCUCAGUUUAGCUAAGCUUGGGGACAAUAUUUUGUAAUUUAUGAAAGCAGGAAAUACUUUUGAAAUGCAGCAGAAUAUGAUAAUACUUGUGGCAUGAUGUCAAAAUGAGGUGCAGACUGUAGAUAAAAAUAGGGAUUUAGUUCAUUUCCUCCAUUAUGUUGUAUGUUGUUGUAAAUAACCCUUUUGCUGUUCUAUGCUUUGUAAAUCUGCGAGUUAAGCCUUUCAUGCAAUUUGUCAUUGCAUGCCAAGCCUUUCAAGUUUUCUUUUCCACUCUAGAUUUGGUAGCUUUCUAAGAUAGUCUUCCUUCCUGUAUUUUCAUGACUGGCAGAGCCUCCGAGGCUCAUAUAAAGAUAUCACAUCCUUUGUUAUAAGUGUUACUACAAUGAAUAUAUAUGGAACUUUUUUAUUGUUA